AGCAUACGUGGCAAGAAGCGUUCGCGGGAGCUGUGCGACUGCGAGGGGAACAUUCAUCGCCACGCGAGGCAUUGUGGGGAGGAGGCGGCCUAGUCUACCGAGACAGGCAGGAACUGGCAGACAGAGUGGUGAAGGAACAUUUUCUAAAUAUUGUUGGAAAUCUGGUGUUAAGUACUCAUCUCGACAGCAAGCCUCUUAAUUAUCAGACAUGGGGCAGGAAGACAUGAUGAGUACGGCUGAAGACGUGGCGGAUCAGUUCCUGCGGGUGACGAAGCAGUACCUGCCUCACCUGGCGCGCCUGUGUCUGAUCAGCACGUUUCUGGAGGACGGCAUCCGCAUGUGGUUCCAGUGGCACGAGCAGAGGGACUACAUUGAGGCCACCUGGGGCUGCGGAUACUUCCUGGCCACGUGCUUCGUCCUCAUCAACCUCAUUGGACAGCUGGGUGGCUGUGUCCUUAUCCUCAGUAGAAAUUUUGUGCAGUACGCUUGCUUCGGCCUCUUUGGCAUCAUUGCACUACAGACUGUUGCCUACAGUAUUCUAUGGGACUUGAAGUUUCUGAUGAGGAACCUGGCGCUGGGUGGGGGUCUGCUGCUGUUGCUGGCGGAGUCUCGGUCGGAGGGCAAGAGCAUGUUUGCGGGGGUGCCGUCCAUGGGGGAGAGCUCCCCUAAGCAGUACAUGCAGCUGGGGGGCCGCGUGCUGCUCGUCCUCAUGUUCAUGACACUGCUGCACUUCGACUCCAGCUUCUUCUCGAUCCUUCAGAACAUGGUCGGCACUGCCCUGAUCAUCCUGGUGGCGAUCGGCUUCAAGACCAAGCUGGCGGCGCUGACUCUGGUGCUGUGGCUGCUGGCCAUCAACGUCUACUUCAACGCCUUCUGGUCGGUGCCGGCCUACAAGCCCAUGCACGACUUCCUCAAGUACGACUUCUUCCAGACCACCUCGGUCAUCGGGGGCCUGCUGCUGGUGGUGGCCCUGGGGCCCGGCGGGGUGUCCAUGGACGAGAAGAAGAAGGAGUGGUGAGAGGGGAAGAGACGGCGGGAUGGAUGGAUGGAUGGACGGAGAGAGAGAGAGAGAGGGAAAGAGAGUUGGGGAGCACAUGUGAAGAACCUCCCCUAUUCUACUUUCUUUCUGUCUCUUGGAUGGAUUGAUGGACAGAGAUAGAGAGGAGCAGAGAGAGGGACUGAAGGAGAGUAAGAGAGAGAACGAAAGAGAGAGGGGAGGGAGAGCACCCGCAAAGAAGCUCUCUUUUCUCCCUCUUUUUCUUUUCUUUUCUCUUCUCUCGUCCCUCUUGUCCGGCUUCUUCAAUGACCACAUCAACUGCUACAACCCUACCAACAAUUACACCAUCAACGACCACAGCACCACCACCACCUGCCUGUCUGUACACCACACCACUGCCCCAGUCAUCCACACACACACCACUGAAACCAUGGACCCCUUCAAACCCCUCAACCCCCAUGGACCCCUUAAAAGCCCUUAAAACCCUUUGAGGAGUAAGGACUUUCCCCAGGUUCUUCUAGAAUUUUACUUGAACACUCUACAGCUCCCAUAGACGUCUGUAUUAAAAAUCUUGCAAAGGCCUCAUAACAUGACAUCAUAAUGAGGACUCAAAAUUUGGGCAAAAUUCUAAUCACAUUUGUGAUGGCACUCCUCAAAGGGUUAACCCCCAUGGACCCCUGCAGUCCUGCACCCUGGACCUCAAAGCCCCAAACCCCCCUGCCCUGCCCCCCUGCCCUCUGCCCUGCUCUGGUCUACACAUAACCCUGCUGCUGCCCACAAGGUGCAAACCAAUCACAACAUUGCACACUGGAAACUUUCAGUUACAGCACCCAGCUCACCUUCACCCCCAACUUCCCCAGCGUUCUCAUUAUUUUUUUUAUCAUUAUUUUCAUUUUCAUUUUUAGUUUUUUUUUUUUUUUAAAUCACAUGAUUGGCCAGGUGAAAUGGAGCCGUUAUCAUACACCCGUUGCUCCCUUGUUCAACGUUGCCGACACAUGACAAAUGACUUGAGACUGGAUCGCAGCAGCAUCCUUCUGCUUCGCACACAUCCCUCUGCUUUGUGGGUGGUGGUGAAGGGUGAUCACUUCAUUUGUUCUCUCUAACUCCCCCUGCUGUUGAAUCUGUGAGUUGCAUUGGGACUAACGAUGUCAAGUCUUUUGUUGAUUUUGAAUGGCUUGUCCUCACACAAAGGGGGGUUGGGGGUGUAGGAUGCUAAUUACAUGGUGGUACAUGUUCAUAGUGUAACUUGCAUACAUUUCAAGCUGGGGAAGAGUGUUGUGUGUGUGUGAGCUGUUGUUCGGUCGGUUUAUUGGUUUUUAUCGUCCUAUGACAGGAAGUGCACAGCUCUCUAUUUUUUUUUUCUUCCAUAAUUUAAGAUGAGGACCGGUGAGGUUGCUCACAAUAUAUCACUUUGAGAUGGUGUGCUAAAGUUUUCUGUCUUUACUUUCUCUUUCUGUUUCAAUUGAUUUCUUCCUCUCUCCCUCCCUCUUUCUUGUUUCCUCUUUUUCUGUCAGUCUCUCUUUCUCUCCCUCUCUCACUCACUCACUCACACACACACACACAUUUCCUUCUUUCAUGAAUGCCUCCCCCUUUUGAUGCUUUUGACGUAUCUGUGACUCCUGUCACAUGUCAACUGGGCAUUGCGUGUCUGAAGGCUGGUGGUGUGUACAGUCUUUGGCAACACAGUGGCAGUGAUGCAGGGUACAGCAUGGGUGUCGACGUCUCAACUCCCCAACAUGGUUUAAACAGCCUCCACCUCCACCUCCACCACCACCAAUGCCAGCUCCUUUGGACUGUUUGUACUGUGCAUUUCUGGGCUAGUUCAUUCCCUCAUCUCUGUACGCCUGUGUCUGAUCAAGGUAGGAACCGGGAGAUUGCAGUUGCAAAAAAAAUGAAAAACACACACACACACACACACACACAAA